AUGACGUCCCCAUCACAGGCGUUGGCCAAACGCCAAAAUGAGACCGGUCUGAUGCCGCCGCCGCCGCCCCCAAAACGCAUCAAACGACCGGCUACCGUCCUCGACGAAGAUGUCUACACCCAAGCCCUAUCCGAUAUCAUCGCGCGAGACUACUUCCCGGGGCUGCUCGAGGAGCAAGUGAAACAGGAGUACCUCGAGGCGCUCGACUCCAAAGACAAAGAAUGGAUCGCCACCUCGAAGAAGAAGCUGGCCGAUCUGAUGCGCACGCCCGGACGAGCCCGCGGCCGUCCUGCGGUCUCCGCCACCUCGCCCUUCACCACCGGCCGCCCCGGAGACACGCCCACAGGCUGGGGCGGCGAUACACCCAUGUCAGUCGUGUCAUCGACGACGGAGACCACCACGCCAGCCGACAAGCCCACGCCCGACGUGUCCAAGCUGGGCCUGCUCGAGUUCCAGGCGCAAUACACCAGCGAAGACAACGAGUCCUUCAACAAGCUGCUCGACAAGCAGAACGCCAAACGCCGCGAGAAACACGCCUGGCUCUGGGCCCAGAACAAGAUCCCCUCCGCCCGCCAGAUCGCCCACCGCCAGCGCGAGUCCCGCCGCAUCGAGUCUUCCCCCUCCUCCUCCCACCAACUCGUCCCCAUCAAAACAGACCUCGACGCCCGCCCCGCCGCCCCAUCCACCUGGUCCGCCGCCCCAGACAACACCCUCAUGUUCCCCCCAUCCUCCAUAGAGGACACCACCGAGACCGCCGCCCAGAAAGCCGCCGCCGCCUCGCGCGCCGGUCCCAAGCGCGUCGUCUACCACAACACCCGUCUCCCGGACCCCUCCACCACAACACACCCCACGACCCAGGCGCAGGCGCCGCCCCCCUCGCCCUCCGUCUCCGCCAUCCAAGACGCCAUCGCCGGGCGCCCGCGGCCCACGGCCUCCGAACCGGGGUGCGCAGCCGGCGAGACGCCGCGCGUAAACGGGUACGCCUUUGUCGACGAGGACGAGCCGGAACCGCCGGCCCCGUCGGGAGCAGCGGACGAGUACACCCCGACAGCAGACGACCUGCAUCUUCUCGGCUCCGCAGACAAAACCCCCAACCCGUUCCAGAUCCGCGACACCCGCCGCCGCGAGGCCCUGCACCACCGCAUGGUUGACCGGGCGGCGCGCGCGAAGCGUGCCGAGCAGGCCGCGCGCGCGGUCAAGACGCCCGUGGCGACGCCGCGGUUUGCGAGUAGUCCGAUGCUGGAUUUUGGGCUGCGCCAGCGCCAGCGGACCCCUGCUGCGGCUGGGGCGGAGGGGAAGAUGUUGACGCCGGCGGCGCAGAGGUUGUUGCAGCGGGUUGGGAGGACGCCGCGGGAAGGGGAGGGGGAUUUGAAGAGGAUGUGGACGCCGACGCCGCGGCGGAGGUGA